AUGACCGAGGAAGGAUGUGCACCAGCGGCCAGAUUAUUGGGAGCCUCUUGGUGCUCUCUGUGCUGGAGAUAGGGCUGGGGGUGUCCAGCGUGGCCGUGGGGGCGGUCAGCUUCAGCCUGGCCCUCCGAGAGCACAAGCCGCAGCUUGGAGACUCGUCCCCGGUAUGGAGCGGGGUGUGUUUUCUUCUUUGUGGCAUUUGUGGAAUAUUGUGCGCCAAAAAAAAAUCAGGACUUGUCAUGAUCCUCUUUUCAGCAUGCUGUAUCUGUGGACUCAUUGGCGGCAUCCUGAAUUUUCAGUUCCUCCGGGCAGUCACAAAGAAGACUUCUUCCCUGUAUCCCCUGCACCUCGCCUCCAUGUCUCUUGCUUGCAUUGGGAUCGGGGGCUGCACUCUCUCUUCCUGGCUCACUUGUCGACUUGCCAGCUAUGAACAGAGGAGGAUGUUCUCAGAAAGGGAGCAUUCCCUGCAUCACUCUCAUGAAAUGGCCGAGAAAGAAAUGACAGACAAUAUGAGCAAUGGAGGACCACAACUGAUAUUUAAUGGAAGAGUAUAAUCAAUGUUUUAAAGAAUUGAACAUUUUUUAGGAUUUUCAUGAGUCAAGGAGAUACCAAAGGACUAAGAGAUAAAAUUCAAACAGUUCUUGCAUUUGCUUUUACCUUUCCUGAGCAUCCACCAAAAUUAUUCUUCCUCAAUUUUGCCUCCCUUAUUUCUCCAACCUUUUUCAUGGUGUAAAAAACUUUCCGGAAAUGUUCUAGUACAGUAAUUUCAAGAGACUUUCCAGAUUGUUCUAAGAAGACUUUUCAGGAAAAAGUAAUAAAUAAAAUAUAAAUAAGAUUCAUAUUCUACACAAACACUAUUUGACUAGCAUGAGUAUUAGAUUUGUAAUGACAUAUUUCAUAUGAGUAAUUGAAAAGUGCAAAUAUCAAGAAAUAACAAUAACUUAUUAAUGUCUUUGUUUUGAAAGACAGAUGGCUUCAAGAAUGCCACAAUUCAAAAACCUCAGUAAUGCCUUGUUAUAAAAACAUUGUAAUUAUUUUCAACUUGUGAAUGAACUAUAUUUCAUAAUUUAUUUGUAAACCUAAACACAAAAAGUGAUUUUUUAGAGAGAGAGGAUACUAAUCAGUAUGAUAUUUUUGCAUUUUUGCACAAGAGUGAAAAGUUGUAACUGAAUAUCAUUUAAGGAAAAUAAACAUGUUUUGAUCAUACUGUGUAGAUUGAUCUGCAUGUUCAUGAAUGAUCCUAAGAAUAAAGUAUGUGUGUGUGUAAAAAUACUGUAAAUAUAGAAAAUGUAUACAGCAUAUAUUUAUAGCAUACAUGAAUGUAAAUAAGUAGUAGAAAAGAAAUUGUGAUGUUGUGGGGGUAUUAUCAAGAUGGGAUUCCAACAGGGAUGAGAAGGCAAUUGCUAAAGUGUUUUCUAUGCCCACAAAUUCACAUAUUUAAUUUCUACUAAAUUUGUCAAUUUUUCUUCUUUUUUGUUAGGUCUGUUUUGUUUAAAUAUCAUUGUGGCUGAUAUUUAUGGAGUUGAGUGAUCUGAAUACUGUGGAAUAAAGAUAGAUUACUUAAUUAUUUGGAAAUUUUAUUAUGAUUAUAGUAUUAAUGUAAUAGCAAUUAUUAAGAUUCAUUUAUAAACAUGACUUUAAACUACAUACUUUCAUAUUUAUAAAUAAAGACACUAUGACUUAUGAUUAUUCAUUAUAUUGAUGUUCUAAACACCUUGCAGCCCAAUUAAAUGAUGCAAAGGCAGAUGAUUUAUCCCCCAAAAAUGAAGUUAUAAUUACUUUUAUUAUAUAUUAAUAUAUUAUUUGCUAUAAUUUAGGUGUUCUGUUUUGUUUUACAACUCACAUUAAAUAAUAUAAGACAGUCCAUAUAUAAGAAAGCAUAUAUCCAAAGAACCUGAGAGAGUUCUCUGUAGAAGGAAAUGAAAAGAUAGGCUUACAUUUAUAUAGCUAGAUUCAAUCCUUUCCUUCCAUAAUCUGAUGUUAAAAUAGCAACCAAUGACAAUACAUAUAAACAGGAAAACAGCAUAGCCUUUGAAAAUAUUUAUGAUAAUAUAACCUCUGAUAACAGAUGAAGAAAUCUAAUAUUUUUUAAAAGCAUAACUCUCACUGUAUUAUAUACUUUUAUUUUCCCCCAAAGCUAAUCAAUUUUCAAGUCAUUUUUAUCAGUUACUUACUGAACUAUAGGUAAAUUAAAAUAUUUAAUAUCCAGUAUUAGAACAUAUUAUAAUUUAUUUGAAAAAACCAUGGCUUUCAAUUGUGCUAACAAAAUAUUAAUAACAAUAAUUGGAGUUAAUACAAAUUUGAAGGCCUUUUAUUUUAAAGCAACAUGAUCAUCAUCAUUUAACCUAUUUAAAUCAACUCGUUAAAAAAUUCUGGGUGUAUCUAUUCAACAGAAAUAACUUGCCAUUGGUUGUUUGGUGUGGUUUUUUCAAGCACAUUGUUCAAGUGCUUGAAAAUUUAAUUUCGACAAUACAUUGAACAGUGAACUGGAAUUAUUGGAUACAAGAGUUCUUCACUAGGAAUGCAUUUCCCAAGCAAUAUAUUGUUAAAAAUUUAAGCUAUAUCUAAGGAAAUCAUUUUGAUAUUUUAACAGUUCAACAUUAUGGUUUUUGAAGUCUCCUAACUCAUUUGGAUAACUUCAUUAUCUAGUACAUUAUAGAAAUUUUCCAUAAAUGCAACCUCAAAUAGUGAAGUAAUAUCAUAACUAUUUAUUUGAUACCAAAAGCAGGCAUGAUCUUUGCCAAUGAAAAUCUAAACUAUACAAUGCAGAUAUUUUGUGUGUAUAUGGUUCUACUGAAUUUAUGCAAGAAUGUAGUUUUGUACUGAAAGAAUAACCAUUGACUCUAAUUUUUGGUGGCUAUUCUCUGUAGACAUGUUUGUACAAUACAUAAUUUUAAUAAAUUAGUAAGAUGUUUUGAUGCCUUUUGAACUAAUUUAUGAAACCACACAUAAAGAACAAAAGUAGACACAUCACUGCUUUGACAUAGAGUUAAAAAGAAAUGCAAUCCUCACAAUUAUUCAAGUAGUCCACAGUGUAUGUUUAUCCAAGUACAGAUAUAUCUUUGAAUGUAAUUAUUUCAACCCAAUGUUUUCAAGGCUAAGUUUAGAAUGAUUUACUUAGGAUGUGUUGUGAUCCUUUUUGAGACAAGUGGGAGAUGUUAGGAAGACAUUGUUCAAGUGCUUGAAAAUUUAAUUUCGACAAUACAUUGAACAGUGAACUGGAAUUUUUUAAGUGACUACAUUAUAGUUUUAGUAUGAGCCUAUCCUUGGGGAAAAGUAAUGUGAUAUUAAACCAUAAAAAAUAUGUGAACCUGGUGUGGUGUUAUGAUGCUUUAGAGAGUAGCUAUAAAGAGGUGGAGUUGUUAUGAGCAUAGAAGAAGAAAAGUGGACUCACCGUGGAAAUUUUAAAAUAUAUAUGUGUAUGUGUGUAUGUAUGUGUGCUUGUAUAUAUAUAUACACAUACAUAUAUAUACACAAACACACCGGUUUAGAAGUAGACCAUAGUACAAUGACUCUGCCAAUAUAUCUAUGUAAUAAAAUGGUGUGCAUUGUAACUACA